ACAAUAGUUUCCGUCGCCAAGCGAUAGGACGCUAGCAGAUUUGUCAGAACUGUCAGGAGAAUUUCGAUCAGUUUAGUUGAGACGAUUGGUUUUUAUAAUCUGCGGGGAUUCACACAAAAACCGAACAAAAUGGCCGAUUUUAAAACAGUUUUGGCCUUCGGAAACCCGUUACUAGACGUCACGGUCACUUGCACCAAGGAAUCGGUGAACCUCAUCCGUAAAUAUAACCUCAAAGAGGACGGACAAGCGGAAAUUUCCAGGGAUAAAAUGCGUCUACUUACCGAAGACAUUGACGGCUUGGAACAAUACAAGUCUGCCGGAGGAUGCAGUCAAAAUUCCUUAAGGGUUUUACGGUGGACGUUAAGGGGGAAAUGUCGCGCGGAAGUUUUUGGUUCCGUGGGAAACGACACUGAGGCGAAAAUUUUGACGACAAUACUUAAAUCGGACGGAGUCGAACCCAGAUAUUUAAUUCAAGAAGAGCUCCCAACUGGCAAAUCCAUUGCUUUAAUAAAUGGCUUAAAAAGGUGCCUGGUGGCACACAUAGGGGCUGCAGAAGUCCUCCCAUUAAAAUCUCUUCUAUCCUAUAAAGAUUUCCCAAACAUUUUCAACAAAAGUGAUAUUAUACUUAUAGAAGCCUACUUUUUAACCAACAGAUUUUCAACGGCUAAACAUAUUGUCGAUAUGUGCAAGCAAACCGAUAAAAGCCUGGUCUUCAAUUUGUGUGGAGAGUAUAUAUUUAAAAUCGUCCCAGAACCUAUAAAGUACUUGGUAAAACGUGCUGACAUUAUAUUUGGUAAUAAGGCAGAAUUUGAUGCUCUAGCCUCACUUCUUUCGAAAGAUUCUAUAGAAGAUUUAGCAAUGGAUUUGACGAGGGAGGGCAGCAAGACGUUGGUGAUUACUGAUGGGCCAAACCCAGUGCAAUGCUUUACGCAAACUGAUAAUUUUUAUGUGAAGGUUCCGCCCCUGAGUUCGACUGAGAUAAAGGACACAACAGGGGCAGGAGAUGCUUUUGUGGGGGGCUUUUUGGCUGGCAUAACACUUUCUAGGAAAUUAAAAAGCUGCAUUGAUAUAGGGAUUUAUGCCGCUUCGAAUAUUAUCAAACAAACUGGAUGCACUUUACCUAAAUAUGAAUCUGGGAUUCUGUUACAUUGAUAUUGGGUUCUGUUAUAAGAGUAAAUUGAAUAAAGUU